AUGAAUCAAGAGAAGCUCGCCAAACUCCAAGCACAAGUCCGGAUAGGUGGAAAAGGAACAGCUCGCAGGAAGAAAAAGGUGGUUCACAAAACUGCAACGGCCGACGACAAAAAGCUACAAGGCUCUCUGAAGAAGCUCUCCGUGAACAACAUUGCUGGAAUAGAGGAGGUGAACAUGAUCAAAGAUGACGGCACGGUGAUCCACUUCAACAACCCCAAGGUGCAGGCGUCGCUUUCGGCCAACACCUUCGCCAUCACGGGCCACGCUGAGACCAAGCAGCUGUCCGAGAUGCUCCCCGGCAUCCUCAGCCAGUUGGGCGCCGACAGCCUCAGCAGCCUGCGCAAGCUAGCCGAGCAAUUCCCGCGACAAACGAUGGACAUGAAAACUGUAAAGGAAGAAAUUGCAGAGGAGGAUGACGACGCAGUCCCAGAUCUUGUGGAGAACUUUGAUGAAGCCUCAAAGAACGAAGCCAACUGA